CCUUGUUCGUGUAAGCCGAUGUCUUCACAUUUCCGACUGCCCCUGAAGAGUACACCUCCAUCAGGACCCUGUGUUGACUUGCCACCUCAACUUUCUUUUUGUUCCUCCUGGAGGUUGAAUCCCUCGCCAACCACCGUAAGACCAAUAACGAGAAGAAAACCGUAUACGCCACACUGAUAAAACAUAAAAAUAACGUGAAGUUAGUUAGUUAGUGGUAAGCCAUGAAGUUGUCGCUAGUUCGUAGUGCUUGUGGCAGCCUUCGGAUACAUCCAGCCUGUCCAGGAAGCAGGGUUAGCGGCUUGACACGGAGAUGCCUACCGGUUGGUCCUCCCAAUAACCGGUUGAUCGUCCGGACAGCAAAGGCUACUAGCAGCGGCGGUACCGUCCCAAAAUUAGCCGUCAGCUUUGGGAAACAGUCUCAAAAGAAUGAUGGGUUUGACUACGACAGUUCUUUGAGGGAAGUGGUUCAAAGCACCAAGGAGGCAAUGUUGGCUCUGCAGGGAAGAAACCCAACAGUCCAACCAUUGCUAGUCAUUAUACAGGCAGGUGAAGAUGACUGUUUGUUGGAGAUCAAUAAGAAAAUGGCAGAAAGGAUUGGUUUAAACAUCACCCAGAUUUGUCUGGCAAAGGAAUGCAGUGAAGAUGAAAUUGUAGAAGAGGUGUUGAAGCUGAAUGAAGACCCCAGGGUGCACGGAGUCUACCUCCACCUCCCCCCUGCCUACAUCACCAGUCGGGUGUUGAACACAAUCAAACCUGAGAAGGAUGUUGACGGGAUAUCCGAUUUGAAUAUUGGCCGUCUGGUACGAGGAGACCUAAGCAAAGGCUUUGUGCCACCCAUAGCCAGCGCUGUGCUGGAUCUGCUGGAGAAACAUGAUUCUGCUUUGGAAGGGAAAGCUGUGUUGCUUAUAGGAGGAGAAGGACCCCUAGGGCUGUCCUUGCAGUGCCUGAUUGAAAGAAGUGGAAUGGUAGCUCUCAAGGGUCAUUGGAGCUCAAAAAAUCUACAGAGACAGGUGAUGCAAGCUGAUGCUGUGGUCCUGUUAGGGGCAGGGAACAUGGAUCUUCCACCCACCUGGGUUAGACCAGGGGCUGCCGUCAUCCACUGUGAGCCCACCCUGGAGACAGAUGAACAUGCCAUUGAGAUGUCCUCAAAGUCUGGUUUAGGAUACCUCACAGCAGCUUACAGAACACAGAAUGUGGUGGGUAGUUGCAGUCGUUGGCUCCAGGAGCAGCAGUACCGACCCUGGCAUCUGCACAGCCUCAAACUGCAGCCCCUGACCCCUGUACCAAGUGAUAUAGAGAUUUCCAGAACUCAGACACCCAAGCCAGUGGACCAGCUGGCUGAGGAGAUUGGUUUGCUGCCAGAGGAGCUUGAAGCCUAUGGCAGGAGCAAAGCUAAGGUCCGACUCUCCUUAUUGGACCGCCUCCACAAACAGCCUGAUGGGAAAUAUGUACUGGUUGCUGGUAUAACUCCCACCCCACUGGGUGAAGGUAAAAGCACGGUGACCAUCGGCCUAGUCCAGGCCCUAUCUGCCCACCUUAAGCUCAACUCCUUCGCCUGCCUCCGACAGCCUUCCCAGGGACCCACCUUUGGGGUUAAAGGGGGAGCUGCAGGAGGGGGAUAUGCCCAGGUCAUCCCUAUGGAGGAGUUCAACCUCCAUCUGACUGGUGACAUUCAUGCCAUUACAGCAGCCAACAACCUGGUAGCAGCAGCCAUCGAUGCCAGAAUGCUCCACGAGGCGACGCAAUCUGACAAGGCUCUGUUCAAUAGACUAGUCCCUUCAGUCAAUGGAGUCAGACGAUUUUCACCCAUCCAAAUCUCCAGGCUACGUCGUUUAGGGAUCAGUAAAAUAGAUCCUGCAUCUCUCACACCCCAGGAAGUCAGCACCUUUGUUCGUCUUGAUCUUGACCCCUCCAAGAUCACCUGGCAGAGAGUUGUUGACACAAAUGACCGUUUCUUGAGGAAGAUCACAGUAGGACAGGCGAGCACUGAAAAAGGACAUAUCAGAGAGACUGGGUUUGACAUUGCAGUGGCCAGCGAGAUCAUGGCCAUCCUGGCCCUGGCAGACAGCCUAGUGGACAUGAAAAACAGACUGGCGCGCAUGGUGGUGGGGACCAGCCGCUCUGGAAAGCCUGUCACCGCAGAGGACCUGGGUGUGAGUGGGGCACUGGCGGUGUUAAUGAAAGAUGCCAUCAAGCCCACGUUGAUGCAGACCCUAGAGGGUACUCCAGUGUUUGUCCAUGCUGGGCCCUUUGCCAACAUCGCCCAUGGCAACUCCUCGGUGCUGGCAGACAAGCUGGCUUUAAAGUUGGUUGGACGUGACGGCUUUGUGGUGACGGAAGCUGGUUUUGGUGCAGACAUUGGCAUGGAGAAGUUCUUCAACAUCAAAUGUCGGGCUUCAGGGCUAAGGCCAAAUGUGGUGGUGCUAGUUGCAACUGUCAGAGCGUUAAAGAUGCACGGCGGUGGCCCAAAUGUGUCUGCAGGCGCACCUCUUCCCAAAGAGUACAUUGAUGAGAAUCUGAAUCUUGUUGAAGGGGGUUGCCGUAGCAAUCUCAGGAAGCAGAUCCAAAUAGCACAGCUGUUCGGGGUGCCAGUUGUGGUGGCACUGAAUGCCUUCAAGACAGACACCCAGGCAGAGAUUGACCUUGUGUGUCAGAUAGCAAAAGAGUGUGGAGCAUCUGAUGCUGUGCCGUGUCACCACUGGUCCCAGGGUGGCCGGGGUUCAUUAGAGCUGGCCCAAGCUGUGAAUGAGGCUGCCAGCAGACCCAGCCACUUCAAGUUCCUGUACAACAUAGAGAUGCCAAUAUUGGAGAAGAUCAGAACAAUCGCCCAACAAGUGUAUGGAGCUGAUGACAUUGAGCUGUCUCCAGAGGCCAAGGCCAAGAUAGAGUACUACAAUCAACAGGGCUAUGGUUCAUUGCCCAUCUGCAUGGCAAAGACUCACUUGUCCCUGUCCCACAUGCCUGACAAGAAGGGUGUACCCACUGGAUUUGUUUUGCCAAUCCGAGAUGUUCGUGCUAGCAUUGGGGCCGGUUUCAUCUUCCCGCUUGUUGGAACGAUGAGCACCAUGCCUGGCCUGCCAACCCGACCCUGUUUCUAUGACAUUGACCUGGACCCGGUCACAGAGGAGAUCACUGGGCUCUUCUGAGCAUGUGUCAAUAAAUGAUAUUCUCACAGGCUCCCUGUUCUGUUCACAGGAUCCUCAACCUCUGGUGUGCACCAUCGGACACAUCCAUCCCCUGCAUCUUUGACAGGAAAUGCUUUCUUACUUCCCAGCAGCCCAGACGCUCUCCACAUCACAUUAACAUGCUCUGGGGGG